AUGAGUGACGUAAAGGAACUCAUCAAACAAAGGGGACAUAUUAAGGCUCGCGUAACAUUGUUUGAAAAAUAUUUAAAACCUUUGUUAGAAUGUAAAGAAAUUAGUUUAGUACAGGUGAAUGAAUUGCGCUUGCGCUUAAGCAAGAUACGUGAUUUAUCAUGCACUUUUGAUGAUAUUCAAUCGCAGAUUGAAAUGUUGGAUGAAGAUACGUCAAAACAAAUGCAAGAACGCGAAUUUAAUGAAAAUAUAUUUUUUUGUUUAUCGGCCGAAGCUCAGUCAUUAAUCGAUUUUUUCGAAAAUAAAAAUAAAUUAGAAUCUUCAUCUAACAAAAGUCGUCCGAACUGUCAUUUAAAAUUGCCCCCAAUUAAAAUCACUCCCUUUAAUGGUGAGGCGAACAAAUGGUUGUCAUUCAGGGAUACAUAUGUGUCGUUAGUACAUAACAAUGAAACGAUUGACGACGUUAACAAGUUUCACUACCUCAAGACGUACUUGGAAGGGCCGGCUAGCGCUGUCAUAAACUCAGUCAGUGUCUCAUCCGAUAACUAUAGCCUCGCAUGGAAAUUGUUAUGCGAGAGAUAUGAUAACAAACGUCUUUUGAUAAAUGAACACAUAAAGUGCUUGUUUUCCAUCGAAUCUUUAACUAAGGAAUCCCACAGUGGUUUACGUAACCUUAUCGAUACAUUAUCGAAAAACCUAAACGCCUUACAUAUUUUAGGUGAACCGACGGACAAAUGGGAUACGUUAAUUAUUUUUUUAGCUUCUGCCAAAUUAGACAGUGUUACUUCUCGGAAGUGGGAGGAAUAUAGAAGCAAUAAAGACGCGCCCACACUGGACGAUUUUUAUGAUUUUCUUCGAAAGCGUUCUAUGGUAUUAGAAACAAUGAAUGUUAAUAAACCCAGUAAAGUUGAUAAACGCCUUAGUUUCUACAACACAAAAUCAUUCCUUAGUUCUUCUAUAGAAUCACCAUCCCCCUCCGCGCAGUGCCUUCUCUGUAAACAGAAUCAUAAAUUAUACGAGUGUAACACAUUUAAGUCACUACCAGUCUCUAAUCGAAUUAAUAAACUUAAAUUACUAAAUCAAUCAUUUAAUAUUCAAGAACAAAGUGAUAAUAAUAGUAAAAACUUACCUACGCUAUCACCUGCCGCCACGGCCGCUACCGAUUCCGAAGUGCCGAGUAGCUCUGCUUCGGUUUCCAUGACUGCAAUUUCUACCAAUCAAUCACUUCUCUCUACUGCUUUAGUCAAGGUGACGAGUAACGGUAAAACAUGCAUAUUAAGAGCUUUACUAGAUUGUGGCAGUCAGUCUUCUUUUGUGACUGUCAGGGCUCUAAGGGAAACAGGUUCGCAAUAUUUUGAUUCUGAUUACCAUAGCGUAUCAGGAUCCGAUGGAAUUGCUAGAGUCGCCGAUGUCUUCACCUCCAAGGGAGUCGUCCGUAGAGCUGUACACAACCUCUGUUCUUUAGAAAAUUCAAGGGACGUCACUCGAACAUCGAAGGAUUUCGAGGGGGGGGAGGAUAUGCCUGGGAAUAGGGGCGCAUUCCUAAAUUAUACUGAAGCUGCAAUGCUUGCAGCAGUGAACGAUGUUCGUCUUUAUAAUACACCAAUACGAACGGCUGCAAAAAAGUUCGGUGUACCAAGAAUAACGCUUACAAAUAAAGUAAAAGGGAAGUCACCGAUGGAACGAAAAAUGGGUCCGAUAUCCAUCCUUACACCAGAAGAGGAGCAUAAAAUAUGCGACUGGGUGCAAAAAAAUGGCAAAAGCGGGUUUUCCUGUGACAACCGAACAGUUAAUUGUAGAACAUGGGUAAAGGCCUUUAUUAGGAGAAAUCCAACAAUUUCCAAGAGGAUAUCACAAAAUUUGACAGCAAUUAGAGCCAAGGUAACAGGUGAUCACCUAUCAGAAUGGUACAAACGUGUGUAUAAGGAGUUGGAAGAUAGUGGCCAGGCCUAA